GGGGCAGUUCCUCUUUCCUUCCCAGCUGAGGAGGCCCCAGCUCCCAAGGGGCUAAGAAGCUGGAGCAUUGAUGAGGUGGGAGGAGCUGAGCAAGACUCUUGCAAAAUCCCCUCCACGCCCCCACCCCCAGGAAGCAUGAACAGGAAAGACAGCAAGAGAAAGUCCCACCAGGAAUGCCCGGGGAAGACAGGAGGGCGGGGCCGGCCCCGACAGGCCCGCCGCCACAAGACAUGCCCCACCGCCCGGGAAAUCAGCAAGGUCAUGGCUUCUAUGGCUCUGGACAUGCUGAAUGAGGGUGGAUGCAGUGAAGAUGAACUUCUGGAGAAAUGCAUUCAGUCCUUUGACUCGGCUGGCAGCCUGCGCCGCGGGGAUCACAUUCUCAACAUGGUAUUGGCCAUGCACAGCUGGGUGCUGCCUUCCGCCCACCUUGCUGCCCGUCUGCUGACCUUGUACCAGGAAGCCACAGGAAACACGCAGGAGCUGAGGCAGCUGCAGAUCUGUCACCUGGUCAGAUACUGGCUGACCCAACACCCUGAGAUGGUGCACCAGGAUCCCCAAUUAGAAGAGGUUAUAGGUCGUUUCUGGGACAAGGUGAAGCAGGAGGGCAACUCGGCCCAGAGGAGCCUGGGAGGUUCCUCCAACCUAUUGAGCCCAGGUGGCCCUGGCCCCCCACCCUCCAUGAGCAGCCCAGGCCUGGGCAAAAAGUGCAAAGUGUCCUUGCUUUUCGACCACCUGGAGGCGGGGGAGCUGGCUCAGCACCUCACUUACCUGGAGUUCCGGUCCUUCCAAGCUAUCACGCCCCAGGACCUGCGGGACUACGUUUUGCAGGGCUCCGUGAGGGGUUGCCUGGCCUUAGAGGGAUCAGUAGGCCUCAGCAACAGCGUGUCCCGCUGGGUGCAGGUCAUGGUGCUGAGCCGUCCAGGCCCUGCACAGCGCGCACAAGUGCUUGACAAGUUCAUCCACGUGGCACAGAGGCUCCACCAGCUGCAGAAUUUCAACACACUGAUGGCAGUCACAGGGGGCCUGUGUCAUAGUGCCAUCUCCAGGCUCAAGGACUCCCACGCCCACCUGAGCCCUGACAGCACCAAGGCCCUACUGGAGCUGACUGAGCUCCUCGCUGCCCACAACAACUACGCCUGUUACCGCCGCACCUGGGCUGGCUGCACAGGCUUCCGGCUGCCUGUACUGGGUGUGCACCUCAAGGACCUGGUGUCACUGCACGAGGCACAGCCUUACAGGUUGUCUGAUGGCCGUCUACACCUUCCCAAGCUCAACAGCCUCUACCUGCGGCUGCAGGAGCUGGCAGCCCUCCAGAAGCAGCAACCCCCCUGCAGCGCCAAUGAGGACCUGUUGCAUCUACUCACGCUUUCCCUGGAUCUCUUCUACACGGAGGACGAGAUCUAUGAGCUUUCUUACACCCGGGAGCCCCGCUGUCCCAAGAGUCUGCCACCUUCCCCCUUCAAAGCACCGCUGGUGGUGGAGUGGGCCCCUGGCGUGACGCCCAAGCCCGACAGGGCCACCCUGGGUCGGCAUGUGGAACAGCUGGUGGAGUCCGUGUUCAAGAAUUAUGACCCUGAAGGUCGAGGAACCAUCUCUCAGGAGGAUUUUGAGCGACUCUCAGGCAGCUUCCCCUUCGCCUGCCAUGGGCUUCACCCACCACCCCGCCAGGGGAGUGGCUCCUUCAGCCGAGAGGAGCUGACAGGGUACCUGCUCCGGGCCAGCGCCAUCUGCUCCAAGCUGGGCCUGGCCUUCCUACACACCUUCCAUGAGGUCACCUUCCGCAAGCCCACCUUCUGUGACAGCUGCAACGGCUUCCUCUGGGGUGUCACCAAGCAAGGCUACCGCUGUCGGGACUGUGGGCUGUGUUGCCACAAACACUGCAGAGAUCGAGUGAAGGAGGAGUGUAAGAAGCCGGGGGCCAAGGGUGAUGUGAGCCCCCCAGGAGCCCCCGUGCCACCCACACCAAUAUCCCAUGCCAGCUGUGGCUCUGAGGACAGUCUCUCCUACACAGUCUCCUUGGAACCUGAGACAGGGUGCCACCUUCGCCACGCUUGGACCCAGACAGAGCCCCCACACCCUUCCUGGGAUCCAGAGACGGUCCCCCUUCCAACGACAGCCUCGACAGCCUCGCCACCCACCCAGUCCUCCAAGCUGAAUUCCUAGACGGGCCUUGGUCUCUUCCCUCACUCCCCUACCCAACAACCAGUCCCAAGUCCUGUUAUGCGGUCUCCAGCAGAACUCGCAAAGGCAUCGCCUCCUUCGUACUGCCUUCCUUGAAGCAUCUUACCUCGAAAGAAAGUAAUUUUCUUUUGCAUCA